CCUAUCGCCGAGAAACCACACGGUUGGUACCGCCGCGGCCGUUCACUUUAGAGCGGGAAACGCGACCGUAUAUGUUGAGUGUAAAAUUCAUAGUUUCAAGUUUUUUUUUGAAUAAUAAUAUUGUAUGCUAACUAAGAUAUAGUAAUCGGAAAUAAGUGCUAAUCAAGAAUAGUGAAGUGGUUAUCAAGUGCGUAAACCGUGAACUCUCUCAGACUGCCUCGAUGUUUUCUCGACAACGCGGACUUGACGAGUGAAAGUUUUGUUACAAUUAUCUCCGCGUGACAUCCAACUUUGUGGAAACAAAAUCGACACAAUGGAUCAUCUUUUCCGGCAACGGCGUAUCACUGUGCCCAAGAGAACAAGUGAACUGGUAGCGCUGGUCGCUAUCUCGUGCACGCUUUUCCUGUUCCUCCACACCAGAGAUUUGAGCACCAAGCUGCAACGUAUCCAGGGUCAGCUGAACGAUGACGUCACGGCGUUCAAUCACCUUACUGACAAAAUACAGACGGACCGCACAGAACAUGUCUAUGUAUCAGCGAAGGAGUACAAAGAAGCGUUGGAGGCUCUACGAAGAAAUACUGGUGCUGAACGCAGUAAGCCACAGAGGACCUUAGAAUCGGAGGUUGCCCAUUCAGAUGAAGUAUUUCAGGAGCUCGUUGAGGAAAUUCUCCCUGACCCAUGGGAGUUAAACAACACAGCGAGGGCAGACGUUGAGCUGCUGUUCUUCAACCGUGUCCCGAAGGUUGGGAGCCAGACUUUCAUGGAACUUCUCCGGCGACUUGCGAUCAGGAAUCAAUUUGGUUUUCACCGAGAUGCAGUUCAGCGGGUUGAAACAAUACGGCUGGCUCCGGCAGACCAACAGAUCCUCGUCAGCGUGGUUUCCGCUCAUCCCCCACCAGCCUCAUAUAUCAAGCAUGUUUGCUACACAAACUUCACAAGAUUCGGAUACCCGUCGCCAAUUUACGUGAAUGUCGUACGCGAUCCCGUCGAGAGGGUAAUAUCCUGGUAUUACUACGUAAGAGCACCCUGGUACUACGUGGAGAGGAAGAGAGCCUUCCCGGAUCUGCCGCUGCCUGAUCCAGCAUGGCUUAAAAAGGAUUUUGAAACAUGUGUGCUGAGCGGUGACCGUGAAUGUCGCUACCAGGAGGGUGAAACUCACGAAGGCAUAGGUGAUCACCGCAGGCAGACGCUGUUCUUUUGUGGACACGAGCCGCAGUGCACACCAUUUAACAGCAACGAAGCGCUUCAGAGGGCGAAGCGCGUUGUUGAGCAACAGUACGCCGUGGUGGGAGUUCUCGAGGAUAUGAACUCAACUCUGCUGGCCUUGGAAAGAUAUAUACCUCGCUUCUUCCGCGGCGCCUUGAGAAUGUACUGGGAGGAACUGAAUACAUUUAACCGAAUCAAUCGCAACGCGUUCAAACCACCAGUUUCCGAAGAAGUGAAGAACAUAGUGCGAGCCAACUUUACCAGGGAGAUAGAGUUUUACGAGUUCUGCAAGCAAAGACUGCACUUACAACUGAAGGCUCUGAGAGAUCCGGAGAUCAGCGUGCCUUCAGCAUCCAACGUGAAGCAAAGACUUUAUUACGAUAGAGUGUAAUUAAAAGAAAUGUAUUAGAUAGGUAUGGCGUUUUUUCUGCAACUCGAGGUAAACUGUAAGUCAAUUUUGAAUGAAUGUGGAUUGCCCUUUGAGCUGUAAGUUUUAACUCGACCACGCUGGUCAAGUUAGGGUCGGUCAGUGUAUGUAUGUUUCCUAACAAUGAUUUUCUUCAUUGUAGGAGUGUAGAAGACACAAAGCUGUUAUGAAACAAAAAAACCGUCGGGCUUAGAGUAAGAAUUAGUCUCCGCUGUGUUCCAACUAGAUACCGCACUACCUAGGAACAAUAGCUUUUUUAUUUCGGCAACUAUUAGAUACCUACUUGUGUGCGUGGCAUCUUUCAAAAUUUGUUACAUACGCUUCGUGAUAUUUUACAUUGAAAUUUAUAAAAUACAAAAUACUCACUGAUGAUAUGUGAUCCCGGUGUCAUUCUUUUAUCUUGAAGUAUUACUUUUACAAAGUUCUUCUACGCAACCCGGCAUUUAAGUUUCAAUUAUUAGCAAAGUUUAACAGAACUUGUAGCACAUCAACGUCACACAUUGUUCGAUUCUGGGUCAAGUACGCCCACUUGGGUGUAGUAUUUGGCCGCACUUGGCGACAAUUGCGUAUCAAGUUGAAGCGCAGCGGAGACCAAUCGCUAAUCUAAGCAGUUUGAGUUUUUUAAAUAAAAAUUCGUUACAAUUUAAGUAAUAUCGUCUAUUUUAUUAUUCAAUAGCCUAAGGGCGGUCGCUUCAUUCCCAAUCAAGGAAUGAACAUCACAGAAGGUCAUUUAUGAUGUACAUUUACCACAUACAAUUCUUUUGAAUUUAAUAACACAUUUCGUAACGUUGAAACAAACAAAUGAUCUAUUUUUUUGUCUUCAUAAUUUUCUACUAGUAUUUUGUACCAAUCUUAAAACUAUAAUAAUAAUAAAAAACUAACUAAAUUAUACAGCAUGCACAUAAUUGCUGCUCAAUCUAAAUACUUGUGCACUUUGAUACCCUCUUGGGUAUUCAUAAGAUAAAAGAUUUCGUCCACUGUAAAUUAAUUAAACUUUAAGAAGCUCUGUUCAAACUGAGGCGAAUAACGCAGGACGCGUUUUAGCGUAAUUCGCCGCUCUGCAGGCCUAUUGCAUAUCUCAGUUGACAGGUAAUAGUGAUGAUCACUUGAGGAAGUGUACAUCAGUUAGUUGUCAAACAUCACUUUCCGUAUUGACUAUCGUCAGUGGACAACUGUGAUGACGUCAUGAGCACCUUAAAACUGUGAUAAUCACCGUAACACAUUUUGACAGCUGGUUUCUCUUCAACGUGAGCGACUACUCGCGUCAAUUUGAACACGUCCAUACAAGUUAGCUGACAUAAUCGGCGGGAGCGACUUCCGUACCGCGUCCCGCGCGAUAGUAGCCUCAGUUUGAACAGUGCUUAAUCUUACUUUAAAUAAUAUUUCUAGACUCUAAGUAGGUAUUUAAUAACUUUAAGUAAGUAUGUAUGAUAAUGUUAUUCUUUAAUGAAUGUCCGUUAAUGUAAUUUUGUAAAUAUUGUUAGUGUAUGAAUAAAUUCUUUUAAUUUAAUCGGUUUAUGUCACAAAAAUGGAUGUUAAUAUAAGUUCUAUUAUAUAGUACCGGCUUACAUCUAAACAAUGAUGAAUAAGGUUAUUUAUUUACACAAAUGUGAUAUAUUUAGUCUCUUAAUGAAUUUA